AGCACUGCUGAUUGACGCCAUGCCACCAGAUGCCCUGCCAAGCUGUUUAAAACCACAGGCCACUGUGGUGAGUGCGACUGUGGUUGGUGCAGGUGCAGCAGGGGGCGUGGUCAUCUCUCCCUCUCCAUCCCCCUCCUGCCUGUCUGCAGCCAGCAGCAUAGACAACCUGACCACACCCCUCAGUGACAUCACAGUGGGCGGGGCCACUGGAACCGCUGACGGAGCAUCCGGGUCCGACAGAAAGGAAGGGGAAACUCUCCUUGACAUGACUAUCAACCAGUUCUUAAAGAGCCUGGGGCUCGAACACCUCCGAGACAUCUUCCAGCGGGAACAGAUUUCGCUGGAUGUGUUGGCAGACAUGGGUCACGAGGAGCUGAAAGAGAUCGGCAUCAACGCUUAUGGUCACAGACACAAACUCAUCAAGGGCAUCGAGAGGCUGCUGGGAGGUCAGCAAGGUGCAAACCCAUACCUGACGUUCCACUGCUCCAGCCAGGGCACCGUGCUGAUCGACCUUGCACCGGAUGACAAGGAAUUCCAGUCUGUGGAGGAGGAGCUACAGAGCACUAUCAGAGAACACCGCGAUGGAGGCAACGCAGGCGGAGUCUUCAGCCGGUACAACAUCAUUAAGAUUCAGAAGGUGGUGAAUAAGAAGCUUCGGGAGAGAUAUGCACACAGACAAAAGGAAAUUGCAGACGAGAACCACAACCACCACAACGAGCGCAUGCUGUUUCAUGGUUCCCCCUUCAUCAAUGCCAUCAUCCAUAAGGGCUUUGACGAGCGUCACGCCUACAUUGGCGGCAUGUUUGGCGCCGGCAUCUAUUUUGCUGAGAACUCCUCCAAAAGCAAUCAGUAUGUGUAUGGGAUUGGUGGAGGCACGGGAUGUCCCACGCACAAAGACCGCUCCUGCUACGUGUGCCACAGGCAGAUGCUGUUCUGCAGAGUGACGCUGGGUAAGUCGUUUCUUCAGUUCAGUGCGAUGAAAAUGGCCCACGCCCCCCCUGGACACCACUCUGUUAUAGGUCGACCCAGUGUCAACGGCCUAGCGUAUGCAGAGUACGUCAUCUACAGAGGAGAGCAGGCUUACCCAGAGUACUUAAUCACCUACCAGAUCGUGAAGCCAGAGAGUCUGGCCACGCCUGCUGCCCCAGCCGAGCAGAAGUCCUAAAAUGCAUUCACAGCUGGAUCUGGAGAAGGCCAGACUACAGUGGACUAGACCCACACUCUAAGAGGACUAGGACUGAACUAGGAGGCGUUUCAAUCCUCAGACCCAAAAUUAGAGUCUCCAGAGCUGACCUUGAGGUGGGAGAGUUUGGAGUGUCGACUAGGCAGGAGGCAGACGAUCCUCGGGAGCAGACAUGGACAUGUCUAAAAAGAAGAAGAAAAAGAGGAUGAGGAGGCAGUGUCUUUGAGUUUUGGGGUAUGAUACAUGCACAGUCCAAAGCAGCAGACAGCAAAAAUCCAUCAGGCUCUGUAAUUAAUUGGAUCUAAUUUUGCAGGGAGAAAAUACAAAUUGUUUGAUCAAUGGAUCUGGAAGGAUACCACUAAGCCAAUUUUUUAAUUUGCAGGCCUGUGGCUUGAUCCUAAAAACAAUUAAGAGAGCAAUUAGAACAGGAUGCAGUCCAAAGCAAGACAAACAUCAUUGAUUUUGCACCUUUGCACCGCUCGUAUAUUCCACCCCGAGUUUUAAUGUGUUGUUUUGAUAUUGUGUCCUCUUUUGCCUUUGUGCAUUAUCCACAGCAACAAAACAACACCCUGAGGCCACCUCCAGAAACGGCAAUUGUCAUGCUGAGGGAACAGAAAUCGCAGCACAUUUUACAUUACAGCUUGUCACAUUUUCACCAAUGGGGACACAGUUCUCCGUCUUGGCUCACAUCCUUCCUGCUGUAAACAAAGACGAAACGAUGAAAUGUGCGUGAGCACGGAGAAGUAAAAGAGAUUAACUGUGGACAAAUACCCAGAAGUCAAUAAGCUGAAAACAAACAGGAGACCACAAUCCACUGCUGCUACCAGUGCUGGCUGCACACUUUCCAUUACAAGUCAUACCAGAACCAAUCCAGUUCAUAUCCAUAGUGAAGAGAAAUGUGGACAUUACUUAUAUAGUUUUAGAGGUUUUGGGGUUAAGGUUAACUUGGCCUGAAAAUCCAAAUUUUGGCAGCACUGAGUUGGGCCAAGCGAGCAGCAACCACAAUAGCUGAGUGUGAUAGGCUGAGACACCUGUCAAUCAAGCCUAAACACAUCAUUCUCUGAGCCUUAAUUUCUUCUAAAUGAAACAGAAUUUUUAAUUUACUAACAGCACACAUGAAAAGAAGUAAAAUGUGUUACCACCACUGAGAAUUUGAAGGUUUUUCAGAUGAGGGUUAGUAUUGACAUGGUGAUUGCAGCUCAGAUUAGACCAGUCCAAACUCUGUUACCAGAACCAGGAGGAUGGACCACAUGGGACCAGAUUGUGACACUGUUAUAUGUACAUGCAUAAACAUACACACAAUGAAUGCAAAUGUGUGUCCAACCCAGAUCUCUUAUAUUAAAAGGACCCAAAAAGAAAACAACAACACUGACUCCUUCAUCCUUCUCAGGACGGAGUGCUUGGUUAUAGUUAUUGCAAGAAAUGAUUUGGGGGACAAAGGUUGGCUUUUUCAUCCUGAUCUUGUCUAGUGCAGCUUGACAUUCACACCUCUCUGCUGCUGCAUCUGUGUGUCGCUCAUGCGCACUAACACCUGAAGCAUCUUUUCAUCUUGUGUUUUAAUGUCUCUCAACACAUUUUCCCUGUGUUGUUUACAUGAACCUGCUGCCUUCUGGCCCCUUUCCUCUCUACCUGUAACUGUGGAUGCCCCCUAGUGGUGCAACAGAGGAAAUGCUGGCUUGUAGUAUUGAGUUGAAGAGUACAUAUAGUAUAUAACAGGAAGGCAUUUAUGUAGGGGUUCAUUUCUACACAUUUCUAUUUAUUUGUAUUUUUUCUCAGACAUAUUCAAUUUUCUUUUUCUUUGUAUUUCCACCUUUUUUUUGGAGUUGUUUUUUAUUCUCCCGAGUUUACACUCCUCAAACAUUAAGAAAAUGUGAAGUGAGCCUUGUCACUGUAUCUUAGCGAGCCAUUCAGAGGUCUGGUUACAGGCUGUAAAGGCAUAUUUACAUAACCAGAAAUCUGCAGGUUGACUGAAGUUGAGGAUAAUGGAUCUGUUGUAUAUAAAGAUGAGCUAUCACAUAUCUGUUUGGAAUAAACAUGUAUCGUGACGCACUUCCAUCUACAACAGACAACCGCAAGAUCAGCACACUCCUCACACUACGUACUGUAAGCUUGAACUGAUUUUUUUUUUUUUUUAACUACACUGACCAUGUUUUUCUGUUGAUAGUUUAUUAUUUAUGACUAUUGUUUUUAAAUGAUGACACUGUACACUACACGGGCCCAUGCAUGAGUUUAGUUUCUUUCAUGUUGAUCAUGUCAAAUCAAGUCAAUCGAGUGCUGAGGGUCUUGGGAAUUUCCUUGAAACUACAUGGAAUAGGAAGGAAAAUGGCCUUAAACAUUGCCUUGAAAUAAUUUUGAAACUAGAGUUUACCGAAAUAACGCAGUAGCAAAAGAGAGAGAGGGUUUAUAUCUGCUUGUCAAAUGAUUUUUUGACAUCAGCUCGGGAAGAUCUGUUUUAGUUUGGACUGACAAAGCUGCUCUGCCAUUUGAUUUUUUUUUGUUUAUCCUGACUUGUUAGCAUUACAGUAUCUGCCACUCAAGCUCAUAUUUCAGCUGAUUUGCACUUUGAAGGGAAGAUGAAGAUCUGAGUCAAGUCCAAACAAACAUUAAAUCCUUGUUCGAGUGUGAAGUGAGCUUAAAAUCUUUGUUUCCAUGAAGGCUGGCUGAUGUAUAGCUGCCCCUCAAACAAAUAAACUAAACCUUUUAGUAAGACUAUUUUCACGCUGUGACGUUUUCAUGUCAGCAUUUUUUUCCCCUGAAAUUUGCAGCCCAUCUGAUAGCAAUGAAUGAUAACAUAAAUUAUUUGUGCAGCUUCACAUUUCAACAAAUUAUAGUGAUUCAUUGUCUGAGAAAUUAAAAGAAAAUUAAUUGAAACUGAAAAAUUAAAUGAAUAAGUAGACAGAAUAACAACUGAUGAUUAAAGCCGAAUUGAGAAGAACUAAUAAGCUUGAAAUUAUAUUGUAAUGCCAACAAGUUUUCAAAGGGAAAAUUAAAGAGUUGCAGCACUGGCACAAAACACAGUAUAUACCACCCCUAUGUAAAGUAUGUUUUCCUGGCAUUUCACAAAAUGCUCAGAUCUCUUUUUUGUCAAGUCAGUUUUGUCAGAGACCAACUAGAAUUUAACAUUUUCCUGUUUUAACACCUUUUGUGUCAUCUGAUCAGUCUCUGUAUUAGGACAGAGGUUUCAGAUGAAGUGGCAGCAUCACUAUCAGCACUGACAGAGCAGGUGGGGUUUAUGUGGUUGACCUCAAUAAGGUCAGCAACACUGUGUGAUUUAAUAGCAGAGAGCCUUUGUUUUAAACCAGACUGUAAAUAAACUAACUCCAGAUGGGCCUUUUAAUGGGUCUUUUAUGGAUGAUUUUGAGUUUAUUUUUCUUGUUUUCCCCCUUUGAAAGACUUUUCAAAGACUUUUUUUAUGUGAUAACUAUUUGAAUUGUGUUUUAGCUGGUCUCGCUCUACUUAUCUGUAUCAAGAGCCAGUCGGUCAUCUUUUUGUAAAUAGUUUAAAGAGUGUGUGCGUGCGCAGAUGUGUGUUCAAUCAAUCCAUGUUUCACCUUGUGACCUGCCUUCUACCAAAAGCCACAAGUUUUCAUUAACACAUUUUCUCAUCAGUUACGUUUUACAUCCUGUUGUACAGACAGUUGUACAGAGCUGCUGACUAGCUAACUUGGAACAGAGAAACUCCUCACUCUUGUACAGAAGAAAAUCCUUAAUAAAAGAAGUUAACAAA